AUCGAUCUAUCGAGGCUUCCUUGUUUUAGAAACUGCCUUCAAGAUAAUUCCCAGUUAUUAUAGGAGCCGUGGGAGCAACUUCCCUAUUCGAACAUCUAUAAAUACUUCAAUCGCCCAAUCUUACGUAGCUUCAACCUUAUUUUAGCUACUAGUAUUGCCUAAACAGUACCUAGUAGUUGAAAUACAAUUAGACCCGCAAGCGAAUACUAAUCUCUUUCAUCCAUCUUCUUACUUUCUCACUAUGGAAUAUCCUCAUUUGCGUGCGAAUGGUUUCACGCUAGGAAUUCUCGAAACGGAAACCUGGAUUUCUUCAUAAUGCAAGACUACAAUCAGCCAAACAGUCGAUCCUGUUCGCACCCGAAAAACCCACCACAGGAGACUGUAGACACCGAGGAUGAAAGCCUAGUCCUCGCUUCACAAGGAGAGCUCAUCCAAAAGUUUGAUUCUUGCGAUGGAGAAUUUGAUCCCAUUCCCUUAGCACAUCCUAGCAAUAUGUUUACGCCGAUUAAUGACGGAGAGUCUUCGCUGUUCGAAACAACUACUGACUCCUCCAUGCAUUCCGACCUGGUCUUCGCUGUCGAUGAACAGACGCACAUUCGCUCUUCAGAAAGUUCAACUUCAAAACGUCAAACCCACGGUUCUAAGCAUGGUUUAAUGACGCAUGAAGAGACUCGGGAUGCGAAGCGUUCUAGACGCCAAUUGCCUCUUCUUGCUACACCGUCAUCCAGCCCUUUCCAAACCCUUAGAGUCACGAAAGCUAGACGCGUGGGCAACAAUGUUUCUCUCUUCAAGCCUGCAGAAGAAACAGUUAUAGAUCACGACGAUUGUCAUGACUUAGUCACUGAUUCCCAAUUUCCGCAAGGAUGGACCGUAGUGGAUCCACUGACUCCGUUUCCUACUCGGAGACAACAAGGAGUAAAGGGCCGGCUCAAUAAUAAAUCUGUAGCCGACUCAGCAAACAAUUCAGACGUAAUGGGCAAUCACCGUUUGACGGUAAGUAGUUCAAAUAUUGGCGGCUGUACUGAUUUUAGAGACGAAUACCCCCUAGACGAUGGUCUGGUGGAGGAAGAUAUGACAUGCCUUCUCGAUACGGCUCUGGGAAAUGUCCAAGAGACACAUAUACCUCCCUCUAGUGUCACCCAAGCAUGGGAUCGCGAUUCUAGAUCGGCUGUUGAGUAUGACCCGACUUUACAGCAUUCAUCACCUUUUUCGUCCUCCGAGAGAGCGAAAGGUUCGCAGCCCAUGAGCGUGACUGGGGGGCUUCACAAUGGCGAAGAGGAUCUUCUUGACGAUGACGUCGACUGGAAUACUGUGUAUGCUAUAACGAAUACAAUUCCGAAAGAUUUGUCGGAUGUGGGUCCUCAAGAUGCAGUCCGCCCAUCGCCACCAGGUAAAACCACUCAUAUGGAGAAACCUAUUGAGAAAACCCUUCGUAUCAAUGAAAGAAUGCCUAUGAAGCCGUUUGUUCGGCCCGCUUUUCCUGAAAAGAUUCGCGAUCGUUCUACAGUCUCGGGGUUGUCCUCAGACAUUGUGUUGCGGACUUGCUUUCGAAUAGGAGAGAUGGUCAACCAAGCUGCGCAUUGCCUAGGCCAUCGACAAGAGGCAGUCUUCGAAUUGUACGCGAGAGUCAAUUACUCGAACCGAGAGAGCCUUCAAAGAAGACAGCACUUUCAAUUCAUCGACCUUUUCAAGGACCAACUACCAUACCCUGCGGGAGUCCUCACGAACUGGAGAGUUGGUAGUCAACUAGAUCGCCUCAGCUCGGCGUUUCUAAAUGUGAGUGCCGAGCCAAAAAUUUGUCGCUGUGUAUGUAAGCCGAUAAGAGACCCAAAGACUGCAAUCGGCCUGAGUCUUGUUGUUCUCGCUAUUGGGGAGAGCGACUGGACGCAAAUUGAAUGGGCAAAACAGAUAGUCUGUGGGGGUGACAAAACUACUGAGAAUGCACUAGAAGGUGGGCUGAUGGAUGGAUGAUAGGUAUCCAUAUUAUACGGGCUGGUACAGUAGUAUCUGAGUGCUGGCCGGUUUGCUAUGAGGCGUGUGGGGGUGAGCUUUACAGAUGUCGUACAGAACAUCAGUUAAGUAAUUGAUGUAUCUAAUACGAAACCGUCCACUCAUAUGGCUAUAUACGAGAUAGAUCGAUUGCUGACAAGACUCAAAUAAAAGAGCUACAUAUUGCUGAUUCUCCGUCGUAUAUGAUUCAAUAUAAAAGCGUGGCGUAGAAGAGAGAGGAGAGAGGGGAAGAAAGGAAUAGAAAUUCGUUACUUGCCGUCUUGCUUCUUUAGAUCUGCCACAAAAUUAAAA